GUUAGAGAAGGAGAGAGUGAGUUUAUGUUGAUUGGUCUUGUACGUGCGACGGUGAGAAAGAUUAAGGGACGACAGUGUGAAGUUGCAGAAACGAAAUGAAUGCUUGCAAUACAUUCAUACGUAUAACGUCGUUAAUAUCGACAUCGUCAUUAUAAUCAGUAACAGGGUGAAGAACAUCGUGAUGACGUGUGGGGUAAUAAAACAACUGGAGAAUUGAUGGGGGAGAGGGAGAAAAAUGCGUCUUACUGUCACCCUUCGCGCCCAAGUUAACAAAAGUAGAAGGAAGAGAAGAAAAAAAGGGAUAAAGAAAGGGAUAGGGGAAAGAAAACGAGAGGGAAUGAAAGAGAGAGAAAAUGCUACGAGAGGGGAGAGAAUAAAUAUUAUGAGGCGGAAGGAAACUGGAAAGGAAUACGAAGACACAAAUACAGUGAAAUACGUUGGAAAAAAAGGGGUUAAAAUAAAUCCCUUUUAAAAAAGGGUUUGUUUUAUCAUGUGAGAUAAUCACGUGAUAACUCUAAUGAAUCCCAACUUACACAUCCCCCACCACUAUCUACCCGUAACAAGGGGGAGGGAGGAAACGGUGUCUUUCUAAUUUCUGUUCCGUCCGUUAUGUUCUCUCCCACCGUCUGUAGAGUUUGAUUUCCACCGCGACACGUCUUCUCUUCUAACUCUCUCAAUUUCUUAACUGCUCCCAGUUUCUCUAAUGUUUUCGAUUUCCAACUAAAUAACUGUCAGUACCUCUUCUUCUGUCAGCCCUUUUACGAUCACUUUUUGUCUUUCUCCAUUUAUUUUGUAGUCAAAAUAACAUUUAAUUUCCAAAUACUAUUUGUCAUGCCAGUCCCUCACACCAGUCGCUUUCUGUUGCUAUAUGCCUCCCAAACCAGUCAGGCAGAGUCCAUUUCCGAGUUAAUCUACGACAAUGCCGUGGCCAGUGGUCUCUCUGUAGAACGCCAUUGCCUCAGUAGCACCGAUGACAAAUUCAAGAUUGAGGAUGAAAGCAGUGUGGUUUUUGUCGUUUCCACCACAGGUGAUGGAGAUGUGCCUGACACAGCCGUGAGAUUCCUGCGCAAACUGAAAAAAAAGUCCAAACAAGAAGAACACUUGAAACAUCUGUCAUACACAGUUCUUGGUCUGGGAGAUACAAAUUACAAUGCAUUCUGCAAUGGUGGCAAAACUAUCAACAGAAAACUCGAGGAGUUAGGGGCUCACCUGUUUUAUGAAUGUGGUUGGGCUGAUGAUGCUGUUGGGUUAGAACUUGUAGUAGAGCCUUGGAUAGAAGGCUUGUGGAAACCUCUGAAAGCUCAGUUAGAAUCCUGUACCACAUCGAAGAAGAUGGAGCAAUCCACUGAGACCAACAGCUCUCCUAGCGAAACUCCACCCACUGAGAAUGAAGCUCAGAAACUCACAGAAACAGACAAGAUGACGUUACCCACCGAUUCCCUGAAAGAGCAGAUCCUGCGUAACCCUCUUCUCAACAACUUGAUGCAGGACAUCCCACUGGGGGUGAAAAUAGUAGAGAAGACACCUCAUUCUAACUACAUCAUGGAUUUAGCCGACAGACCUGUGGAUGUAUCUAAUGUUGAACUGGUCGUUCAAACUGACCUGACAGAGGAGAAACACCAGGCCAAAGAAUCUGCUUCGCUUACCUGUUGUGCCCCACAUUUAAAAGACUCUGAUCUGAGUAUUCCUCUUCUCUCACCUCCUUAUCUUGUUUUAACACUUCUGCCAGAUGAGAAACUGGAUCUGUACAACUCAGCAGUCCAAAAUGGAGCCAGUUUUCCUAGUAUGGCAUCUUCUGUCCAGACUGCCACUGUCCUGAAGUGUUCCUGCCUUACACAUCCUGGUGCUGUAAAGACCACACUAGAUCUUGAACUUUUCUUUGAGGACACUGAGACUGUUGCUUACCAGCCAGGAGAUUCAAUUUCAGUGAUCUGUCCGAACAAUGAAAGAGAGGUCAACCAUUUAAUCCAAAGGCUCGACUUGGAGAAUGCAGGAGACGCCUUCUUCAGUUUGUCUGUCUCUCCAAAUACAACAAAGAAGAAAGCUUCCUGCCCCAAUUACCUUCCUCCAAAGUGCACCAUCAGAUAUGCCCUCACUCAUUGCCUAGACAUCAGGGAGCCUCCUAAGAAGGCUUUGUUGCGGAUGCUCGUUGACUAUGCAAGUGAUGAGCAGGAGAAGCGACGACUGCAGGAACUGUGCAGCAAGGAAGGAAUGAGUGAAUACACCACUUACAUCCGAGAACCAGGUCUCUCUCUACUGGACAUCUUACUCAACUUCCCAUCUGUUAUGCCACCAUUUGAACGAAUUUUAGAACUUCUUCCCAGAUUGCAGCCAAGGCCUUAUUCUGUCGCAAGUUCCCAGGAAACCGAUAAGAACAAACUACACAUUGUCUUCAAUGUCGUUCAGAUUCCCGCUGGGCGGGGUCGACGCUACCACCGCCAGGGUGUCUGCACUGGCUGGCUCGAGCAGCUUACUCUCAGUCUACAGUCUGACUCAAAGACAGAUCAGAAAGAUCUACCAGUCUCUCUAAGUUCUCUGUCUUUAGCUGAGAAACCAAUUAUAUCUUUCUUCACAAGAACCAAUCAACGCUUUCAUUUACCAUCGGAUUCCAAGACUCCACUAAUUAUGAUUGGUCCAGGGACUGGCAUUGCUCCAUUCAUAGGCUUUUUGCAGCACCGUCACCAUUUAUCAAAGACUCAACCUCUUAGUGACGCCUGGUUGUUCUAUGGCUGUCGGCACCAGAAAAAGGACUUCCUUUAUCAGGAUGAAAUUGAGAAGUUUCUUGAGCAGGGAUGCCUCUCCAAAUUCUUUGUGAGUUUCUCUCGCGAUGAACAACCUGAAGAAUCACCAAGAUAUGUUCAAGAUAACCUCCAACGUAACAGCAAGGAGCUUGUUGACUUGUUAGACAAGGAUGCCAUCGUUUAUGUGUGUGGUGAUGCAAAGAACAUGGCUAAAGAUGUUUGUGCAGCCUUCACAUCCAUUUUGGCUUCUGAGAAAGGUGUAUCACCUGAAGAGGCUAACAAAAUUCUGAUGAAACUUCGGUUAGACAAACGAUAUCUAGAAGACAUUUGGACAUAAACAUCGUCUGGAGUAGACCAACAUAGGGAUUUGAAUUUCAUUUGGCAAACAUCUCAAAAUACUCUUUAUCUUGUGAGCAUUUGGAUGUGGACUUCAUCUGAUGGGCAUCCAAAUACAGAUUACAGCUAGCAGAUACCUGAAUAUUAAUUUACACCUGACAACCAUCUAGUCAGAAUAAAACUGGUGUACAUCCUAGACCUAUACGUAUAUAGUGCACCUGAGCACUCUAUACAAUAAGUUCGUUAUAUUAUAUAGUUCAUCUGGAUAUCAACAUAAUCUAAUGACUGUCUCAAAAAUAAUAAAUUUUUUUCAUCCUGUGAUUACAGUAAAAAAAACAAUUAAUUCCUUUUCAAUUAAUUAAUAUCAAACUCCUGUUUUCAAAAAUCAAAUUGGAAACCAGAUCAUAUCAGAUGAUAUCGGAUGGUAUCUGGUGAACUGAUGUGAUAUUUAUAGUAAAUACUGGUGUGAACCUCUACCAAGUCACACAACAGAAAAAUAGGAAGGUAAAUCUCUUUAAAUUGCAUUUGUUAUCCUAUUUAGGACACACUAUACACAAUAAGACAGUAUAUACUGUAAAGUAAGUGAUCUCAAACACAAAACAAAAUCCUUAAAAACUUAAUUUUUGUUGCUUAGCACAGAUUACCAUUGCUAUUGGUGUGUGUCUGAGGCAUGGUCAUUGCCAAAUUAAAAUUAUCCUCCUCCUCUUCUUCUUCCUCCCCCCUCUUUCCAAGGUCCACUUUUUUGCUUUCAUCCUUCUGGGGGUUGAUACAAUAAAGUACCAGGCAUGUGCUGGAGUUGAUGCUAUCAACUUAUUGCCUUCCCACAAAAUUGCUGGCCUUGUGCCUAAAUUAUAAAGCAUUAUGUUCUUCAUGUUCUGAGUUCAAAUCCUGCCAAGGUCAACUUUGCCUUUCAUCCUUUGGGGGGGGGGCAGUAAAAUAAGUAUCAGUUGAGCACUGAUGUAAUCGACUUACCCCUCCUCCGAAAUUUAUGGCUUUGUACCAAAGUUUGAAACCAUUAUUAUUAUUAUUGUUGUAUUUUGUCUGCCAAUUCGUUCUAAGUUCAAAUUCCUCCAGGGUCGACAUUGCCUUUCAUCCUUUUGGAGUUGAUAAAUUAAGUCCCAGUUAGGCACUGGGGUUAAAUGUAAUUCACUGGUCUCCUCCUCAAAAAUUUCAGGUCUUGUGUCUAUAGCAGAAAGGAUUAUUGUUGAUGUUGUUAUUAUGAAGGUGGUGAGCUGACAGAAUCAUUAGCAUAUGGGGUAAAAUGCUUAGCAGUAUUUCAUCCCUCUUCAUGUUCUGAGUUCAAAUUCUGCUGAGGUCAUCUUUGCCUUUUAUCCUUUCAGGGUUGAUAAAUUAAUUACCAGUGAAACACUGGGGUCAAUGUAAUUGACUUCUCCCUUCCCCACAAAUUUCAGGCCAUGUGCCUUUAGAAGAAGGGAUUAUAAUAAUUAUUAUUAUGGCAGCAUGCCAGCAGAAUCAUUGGAGAAAAAUACUUUGCUGUAUUUCUUCCAUCUCUUUCUGUUCUGAGUUCAAAUCCUCCUGAGGUCAACUUUGCCUUUCAUCCUUUUGGGGUCAAUAAAAUAAGGAUCAAUUGACCGGUUGAGCACUGGGAUUGAUGUAAUCAACUAUCCCUCUCCCUUCAAAUUUUAGGCUUUGUGCUUAUAGUAGAAAAGAUUAUUGUUAUUAUAAUUAUUAAUAGGGCAGUAGAUUGGCAGAAUCGACAGAGCGUCGGACAAAAGGUACUCAGCUCCGGGUCUUUAUGUUUUGAGUUCAGAUUCCACUGAGGUCAACUUUACCUUUCGUCCUUUCAUGGUUAAUAAUAUCAAGUACUAGUCAAGUACUGGGGGUAGAUGGUAUCAAUUACCAUUCCUCCUCUAUCAAAAUUGAUGGCCUUGUGCCUAAAUUCAAACAAUUAUUAUUAUUAUUAUUCACUUUAUUAUUAUUAUUUACUUUUUUAUUACUAUUAUUGUUAUUGUUAUCAUUAUUGUUGUUAAUAUUAUUGAAGUGCCUUUUUUUCUUCAUGUUGGACUUACGUAGAAUCGUUUAUAUAUGGAGUGAUCUUGCCAACUAUUCUUAUUAUCAUGCAUGUAAUUUGUGUUUGUGUGUGUAUGUAUGUGCACAUGUGUGUUCAUGUAUGCUGAGUAUAUUUCAAAAUAAUACACACACACACACUUCAAAGUUUCAUAUUCACAAAUCAUGUGCACAAUCUUCACAGACUGUUUGUUUUUAUAUUUCAAAUCUCAAUAUAAUAACAAUUUAUUAAUUUUA